AUGCCCAGUACACAACCCAACAUCAUAAUUACGGGUACGCCCGGAGUGGGCAAGACAAGCCACUGUGAAGUCCUGGCUGCCAACACUGGACUGAAGCACCUAUCUAUUAACCAAGUUGUCAGAGACCGUGGCUGCCAUGAUGGCUGGGAUGAAGAAUACAGAAGCUGGAUCGUCGACGAGGACAAGCUGCUCGACUCCUUAGAAGAUGAACUUGCCCAGGGAGGCCACAUAAUCGACUGGCAUGCCUGCGACCUUUUUCCCAAACGUUGGAUUGACCUCGUUGUGGUGCUACGGACGGACUCUACGAAGCUGUACGAUAGGCUGAAAGCAAGAAACUACCUGGAGCAGAAGCUGCAAGACAAUCUGGACUCGGAGAUUAUGGAGGUGCUGUUGGAUGAAGCUCGAGAAUCAUACGAUGAGGAAAUCGUGGUAGAGCUUCGGAGUGAUGAGGCUGACGAUAUUGAGGUCAAUGUGGGAAGGAUUAAGACUUGGAUCAAGAAUUGGAGGCAAGAUCAAGUUGAGGAUGCAGCUUGA